CAUUUUUGUUGAAUGAAAUGAAUGUGACGGUUCUUGAGCAUUCUAUAAAAUUAUUAUCAUUAAUUUUAAAGGCUUCCAGUAUUUUAGAAGUAUUAUGAUCGGCUUUUAGAAAUUGUUCUUCCUUCUAAGAAUGCCGAAAGGAAUUAAUGUAAGGUUUGCAGAUUUAUCAAAAUGCCAGGUAGCUGUGAGACUGAUAGUGAGCCCUCAAAAAGUGUGACAUUAAGUCUCAGGAAAUUCAGAUUUCAAAAUAAAACUAAUCAGUAUCAACCACCUCUUCAACCAUCCUCUGCUGAUAAUCAGAACCUCUCUAAUAAAGAUUCAUCUGCAGAAGCACAAGAUCCAACUGUUUGUAAUUCUGCAAAUACUAGCAAUCUAUCGCAGAAAAAUCACACCAGUACUGCUACAGCUGAUCAGUUAAAAUCAAUUGAUGUUGCUUCUGAUACUUCAAAAUAUGAUUCACGGAAUUUCAGCCCUUUGAGUUAUCGUAGAUAUGAAGCUUCAACCACUUCCCAGUUCUUGAUACCUUGUAUAAUUACUAAAUUUCAGCAAGCUCUUAAAAAGAACGGACACACAUCUGCAACUGAGGUUAAUCUCAAGUUGUCUAUUGAAGAAUUGAAGAAGCUGAAACAGCUCAUUUUGCAAAACACGUAUAUUUCUGAAAGGUGGAAGCAAUUUGUUACAUCUGAGGCUUUUUGUUUAGAUACUCCUGAGAAGGCUCUGAAAAUAAGUCGCUCUUAUUUGAAUGACUUAUUUAAGUUUAUAAAAAACUUAUAUAAUAGUAAUUUUCGGAAUUUAAAGUCAGAAGAGGAAGAGACUUCACCUCAAUUUAAUAUAAAAACUUAUAGUAGAAGUGUAAAGAGCCCGUUGAAUGAUGAAUCGCCAACUGUGACUGCAGCUGAUAAUAACCUUACUGAUAAGCCAGCCUCAAAUCAGAAAGAAGGAAAAAAAGGCAUUAUGGAUGAGUAUGAAGUAUUUUGUGGAAAGGAGCAGAAUUUGAGAAAGCUUCUUGAUACUUUCCCGGGUGCUGAUAUAAUGGAAGCUCAAGAUAUUUUGGUGAAAUGUAAUUGGAAUUUAGAUAAGGCAAUACGAGUGGCACAGCAGCAACCUCUAAAAUGUUCCAAAAAGCGAUCAUUAUCUAUUGGCAGCUCUUCAGCUAAUGAGACUCUAGUUUGUCAAAAUCAAGAGCUUUUUAAUAAUUCCAAAAGCAAUCAAAUUGCUCCUCCAGCUGAAGAAAUAGUCUUAGAUAGCAGUGAUGAUGAAAUUGGUAAGCCAAACAGCUCAAAUUGCAAUAAAAAUGGUCCCCCACCGGCAAAGAAAGCAAGGCGGAGGAUUUCCUCUAGUGAAUCUGAAGAAGAUAGUUCUAAGUCAGCUAAACUUUCCUAUACUGCUUCAAAACAAUUAAAUUGUGUUCAAACAAACCCAGCAGUAUCAAAUGCAAAUAAUGAAAAACCUUUCAAUAUUCCCUCAUCUUUGUCAAUCAAACCUGUACCUAGCUCAUCUACCGUAGUUCACAGUGAAAAACCCAAAAAUAUGGGUAUGCCAAAUCUGCCAAAAGGAUUAGUUAUUCUGCAAGUGAAUGAUUUAUCUUCUGACCUGGACAUGUCAAAUGGAAAAUCUACUACAAAUGAGGCUGAUUCAUCACAAAUAGUGAAUAGACUAGAAAAAGUUAACAUUCCAGCUGCAAUUAGCAUUUCAAGUACAAACAGCCGUUCUGCACAAUUAGUACGUGUCAAACCUUCGACAAAUGGUGUGAAGCAUAAUGAAGAUUCUGCUGUCUUAUCCAAAGCUAAUUCUGUGAAUAAAAUAGCUAGUGGGACUCCCAUGUCUCAUGCUCAGAAAGAUUUUAAUGAUAGUGAUGACAGUAACAUAUCUAAACCUGAAACUGUGUCUCAGAAUCAGAACGAAUCAAAUUUCAUUGAUAUCAAUAUUACAGCUAAAUCUGCCAAUCGUGGACGGAAAAAGUCUGCUGAGGGUAAUAAGCACAAAGUACCUAAAUCUGCUAAGCGUGGGCGGAAAAAGUCUAAUGACAGUGAUCGUGGCAAAUUGCCUGCAACUGCUGUGUCCCGCAUAGGACAAGAAUCUGAUGAUGAUAAUGUUAGGGCACCUAUACCAAGGGCAUCUAAAGUAAGAGGUAAAAAGUAUGGCUUUGAUGAUGAUGACGAUGACGAAUAUGGCGAGGAGCUUUUCUUUGAUAGUGAUGACAGUGACUUUGAAGGAGAGAAUCUCACAUCGGCACACAGUGCAGUAUUAAAAUUUUUUCAGGAAGCAGCAAUUGAAGAACUUCUCUGUAUUCCUGGAUGCAGCAAGAAAAAAGCUGAAAGUAUCAUGAAUCUUAGGCCGUUUGCUAAUUGGGCAAACUUGGUUGAUAAAUUAGGAAAUGAUAAAUACCUAUCUACAGAUUUAUUGAAUGGUGCUAAGAAAGUUAUAGAUAUGAGAAAUGCAAUCACAAAAUUAAUGACCAAAUGUCAGCAGAUAUCAUUUGAUAUGGAAGAUUUGGUUGAAAAUCUGAAGUCUAACAAAGAAAAAAGUUCAGAUUAUGUCAGUAAACAGCCAUUUUUAUUAAAUGACAGAAUGCACUUAACAUCAUAUCAGAUGCUUGGAUUGAAUUGGCUUCUACUUAUGCAUAAUCAAGAUGUGAAUGGAAUUCUAGCAGAUGAAAUGGGCUUGGGUAAAACUGUUCAAGCAAUAGCAUUCCUUGCAUAUCUUAAAGAAAUCAGUACAGCAGGACCACAUUUAAUUGUGGUUCCAUCCUCUGUUUUAGAGAAUUGGAAACUAGAGUUUAAGGCAUGGUGGCCUGAUGUGAAAAUGAUAUGUUAUCAUGGUUCCCAAGAUAGUAGGCGUGAGUUACGAAUGCAAGUAUUGUAUGACGAGGUUGAGGAUUUUGAUGUAAUGAUAACUACUUACAAUAUGGUUACAAGCAGUGCUGAAGAUCGUGGGUUCUUCAAAAGACUCAAGUUCCAUUAUGUGGUUUUUGAUGAAGCUCAUAUGCUAAAGAAUAUGGCAUCACAGCGGUACCAACAUUUAAUGAAAAUAAAGGCUCCUAGACGACUUCUGUUGACUGGAACUCCGUUGCAAAAUAAUUUGGUUGAGCUAAUGUCGUUGUUGAUAUUUGCAAUGCCUCAUAUGUUUUCUGGGAAAACUGAUUUUAUAAAGCAGAUGUUUUCUGCUGUUUCUAAAAAUGAAGGAAAUAAGAAUACUUACGAGAAAGACAGAAUAGAGCAUGCCAAGCAGAUUAUGAAACCUUUUGUUCUUCGAAGAUUAAAGAAAGAUGUUUUACAAGAUUUACCUGCUAAAACAGAUGAAAUUAAAAUCUGUCCAAUGAGCGAAGACCAAGGGAAAAAAUAUGCAGAUUUAGUCCAAACAUUCACUGCAGAGUUUGAAAGCAAACAGGAAAAGGAUCCUUCCUCUUCUGGGGCAGGCAUGAUGAUGCAACUUCGUAGAGCUGCUAACCAUCCAUUAUUGUUAAGACGUUUUUAUGACGAAGACAAAUUAAUAAAGAUGUCAAAUGACAUUAUAAAAGAACCUACACAUUGCGAGUCAAAUCCAAAUUUAGUAUUUGAAGAUAUGUCUGUGAUGUCAGAUUUUGAACUUCAUGUUCUCUGUAGAACUUAUAAGUCACUAAAGAAAUAUAUGCUCUCUGAUGAAGAAAUCCUCAACUCAGGGAAAUUUAAUGUUCUGGAUAGUCUGUUACCUACACUUAUCAAAGAGGGUCACAGAAUUUUGUUGUUCAGUCAAUUCACGAUGGUUUUAGACAUAGUUGAAGAAUAUAUGAAAAUAAAAAGUUACCAGUUUUUAAGGUUGGAUGGCCAAGUACCUGUUUCAGAGAGGCAAGCUUUAAUAGAUCAGUUUAACAGUGACCCUUCAAUAUUUAUAUUUCUACUGUCUACGAGAGCUGGUGGUUUAGGAAUAAAUUUAACAGCAGCUGAUACUGUCAUCUUGCAUGACAUUGAUUUUAAUCCUUAUAAUGACAAGCAAGCUGAGGAUAGAUGCCAUCGAGUUGGUCAAACAAAGAAUGUCACUAUUAUUAGGUUAGUUAGUGAAGGUACUAUUGAAGAAGGUAUUUUGCAAAGAGCUACUGAAAAAUUGAAAUUGGAGCGAGACAUACAUGAUGAAGAUGAAACUGAGGAAAAGGAUUCUGCAAGCGUAGCUAAACUUCUCAGAGAUGCCCUUGGUUUAAGUGCCAAGAGCAGUACAAAGAGUUGAUCUGUAACAUGUGAUUGAAAGUGAUGUGCUUCUGUUUAAAAGAUUUAACUUUCUAUUGCACCAUUCUAGAACAUGUUUGUAUAUUUGUGUCAAUAUCAAGAAAUGCAUUUAUUGAAGCUGUGUCAGUACGUUUCUGUGAAUAUUCAUAACUUCAAAUUGGCUUGUACAUUAAAAAAUUUUCAUAUUGUCCUAAAUAUUCUAACUUGUAAUGGUUUAAUUUGCACUUUUAAGAAAAGAAUUUCUUAUUACUGUAAGUACAUGAACUCAAAAUCUAUGAGUAUUUUUUCUUCCUUCAUUGCAUAUUAAAUAAAUUUUUCAGCAAUAAGUUCUCCUAUUUUUAAAAAGAUUUUCAUGUAAAUAUUGUAAAAUACUUAUAUUGGCCAUACUGAACUAAAGUCACUUGUGCAGUUAUUAAUGUAGUAAACUGAGUUCUUAUUUAUUGGUUAUGCUACUAAAAGAUAAAUAAGUUAAAUCUUUGUUAUACGAUCCACCUGUGUAUUUUGCUACUAUUUAUAUCAAUGUGUGAAGUUUUAUCUGUAUUAUGGGCUUAAUGUUAAGCAAGACUUUUAUAAAAUUUUAUUUUGUUGUAAUGUACUAUAUUUAUUUGAAAGUUGAAAAAUUCUGUAAUAUUAAGCCAGUUUGUAAUACUUUAAUUUAUUGUAAUUUUAUUUUAUUCUAAUAGGAAUAGAUUUACAAUUGUUUGAAUUUAUCGAAUCUUUCAUUUUUCAAGCAAAUAUGAUAUUAACUUAAAAGCAAAUAUUGUUUGCCAUGAAUUUAAUUAAACUUAGCAGUAAACUUUUACAUUAUCCGUUCUGUUUACUUACUUUGUCUUUAUUUGUAUUAUUUCUCUUGAUUUAUGCUUUUGAAACCAUUCAAAAAAUCUUGUGGGAAAAAAAAAAUGUUAGCUUAUAUUUUUCUAUUUUCAUCUUAGCAUAAAUUUGAUACCAAAGAUGCACUUUUUAUGUAUUUGAAGCACAGAGGUCAGUUGAAAUCAAUCGUAUUUUCAGGGACAAUUGUGUAAAUAUAAAUAUGAUGCUUGAGGAGAGGAAGAUUUGUUUUGAAAUAACUUAUUUUUUUCUAUAUUUAUAUGUGAAUGAAGUUUCAAUGCGAAUUGUAGUCUUUUUCGGGUUUCACUGUUUAUGUUCCUUUUACCAGUUUCUUCAAGAAAAUACUUAAAAUUUAUUCUUAAUUUUUUUUUUUCCUAAUUAAAGUAAAUUUUUACUACUUACUGCAAUAAUAUAUGACAUUUCUGGUAGACCAUUCGUAUUUUAUUUUUGUUUAAGGAGGGAUAACCUUAUUUAAUUAUUUCAAAUUAUAACAGGGUAAAAAAAAAUGUAAACUUUUAUUUUAAAAAUUUGUAUACUUAUAUGAAGGCAUUUCCAUUUCUUUUAUCAAUUUCACAAUUUUGAAGUUACGAGUGAUAAACAUUUUUUCCUUGAAAGUUUUUUUUUUUUUUUUUUUUCCUUCUUUUGUACAAUCAGGAGGAGGGAGAAGUUAGCUUAACAAAAUUUUUGUAUGUUUUGUGAUUGUACUGUACCCUCCAAAGAGUUGUUUUCAGAAAUCAGUUACAGCUUUCAAAUUAUUUGAAAACAAAUUCCCAAAUGAAACUUCUGUAUACUUCAUUCAACACUGAAAUGUAUUUAUGUAUGAUUGAUUUUACAUUAUUAACUGACAAUUUGGUGCUGUUGUCUUUUUCUUUUAAUUGGAUGAAAAAAAAUUUCACAUGGAAAAUGUUAGAAAAUUGUUGAAAUUUCCUUUGAGUUGAAAUAAUAGAGAUUUUUUUAAAAUGCUUUGUCAGCGCACACAUUGUUAUUGAUUUUUGAAAAUUGCUGUAUACCUAUGCAGAAUAAGUUAAUAAUCGAUUUUGAUAAAAUUUUGUGCAGGUUGUUUCAGUGAUGGCAUAUUGUCAUCCUUUCAUUUACAUUCAUUGCACUGUUGGAAACUUGGAAAAGUGAUGGUUAUGUACAGCAUUUGUUGUUUUGUUCUGUGUAUUUCUGGAACUUGUGAAAUGAAUCUGGCAAUGACAUUUGUGAUAAUUUUUUUUUUCUUUUGAACCUAAACCAUGUGUAUUUUAAGAAGAGCUGUUGCAUAUUUUUAGGAAAUAAAGGACGAAUUAACAAUAUAACUUAUUGCUCAUU